UCUUCUCACAACGAAAAUUAAACCAGCAAUACUACCACAUUUGCUGUGUAGAUCCAGAUCUCUCCUCCUUUUAGCUUUUCCAAAAUUCCAGUCUCCCCCUUUCUCCUUUCGUCAAAACCCUAACCCUAAUUCGGGGAUCCCAAUGGCCGAGGACGAACAGAUCGUCGCCACCACCGAGACCGUCGAGCCCGCAACCGAGACCGUCGACCCCCCGCCGGCCGACGACAAGCCGGAGGCCAAGUCCGGCAAGGCCACCAAGGCCAAGGAGCCCAAGGCCAAGAAGCCCGCUGCGCCCAAGAAGGCCAGGACUGCUCCCACUCAUCCUCCUUAUGAAGAGAUGAUCAAGGAUGCGAUUGUGACUCUUAAGGAGAGGACUGGUUCGAGCCAGUAUGCGAUCACUAAGUUCAUCGAGGAGAAGCACAAGCAGCUCCCUCCAAACUUCAAGAAGCUUCUGCUCUACCAUUUGAAGAAGCUCGUCAGCUCCGAUAAGCUCGCCAAGGUCAAAAGCUCCUAUAAGAUUCCGUCGGCUCGGUCCGCCGCAGCUCCACCUAAGCCCGCUGCUGCUCCGGCCAAGAAGAAGCCUGCCGCCGCGGCCAAGCCCAAGGCCAAGGCUCCUGCGAAGCCAAAGGGAAAGACUAAGUCGGUCAAGGCGGCGAGCAAGUCUCCGGCCAAGGCUAAGGCCGCUGCUGCUAAGCCAAAGCCGAAGCCAAAAGCCAAGCCUGCGGCAAAGGCAAAGCCUGCUCCGGCCAAGACCAAGGCGGCUGCUCCGGCUAAGGCCAAGGCUGCUCCGGCUAAGGCAAAGGCUGCUCCGGCCAAGACCAAGGCUGCCCCGGCUGCCAAGCCUAAGGCAGCAGCUCCCAAGCCCAAGCUUAAGGAGAAGCCAGCCAAGGCUGCGAGGACGUUGACCAGGUCAUCGCCUGGGAGGAAGGCUCCGGCGGCCAGGGCGGCCAAGCCAGCGCCGAAGAAGGCAGCGACACCGAAGAAGGCACCGACCCGUACUGUGAAGCCGAGAAGCGUCAAGUCGCCGGCGAAGAAAGCACCAGCUAGGAAGGGAAGGAAGUGAGAGGGAUAGAGAGGAAGAGAGGCUAGUGUUGGUUUAGGGGUAGUCUUGUAAAUCUCUUCUUCUUUAUGGGUAUAUUUUAGGUCUCUUUGCAGCUGAAGAAGAAAUAUAUAAUCGGAGGUUCUUUUUUUACUUUUAAUUUCAGAGUUCCUUUUUUUUCGUCUUGAAAAUCUAUGUCCUUAGUCUCUCUAGGGUUUCUGGGAAACACAGUUUGCGAUGUAAAAUUUCAGAGUUGAAUGAAAGCAGAUGAGUUUAUCUUA